AUGUCGGGGCUGUGUUGCCUGCUGUACACGCUGCCGUCGGGGACGCUGAGCCGCAUCCCCCGCGGGGCCCUCAUGUCUUGUCGGUGCCACAUCGCCGACCGCGCCCAGUGCGCCCCAGAGGACGAGGCCCGGCAGAUAGAAUGCCGAAACUACAUCGGCGACGACUACGACGGUGAGAUCUGGCAGCGCGAAAACGUGCGACGCGUGCAAACCUGGGCGGCGCUAGACAUCCUUGACCCUUACACCAUUCCCAACUACAACCCCAACGGCCGGCGAAAACGAUCUUUCAGCGACAUCGCGCUAUGUAAUCGCGCGUCGGUGAGCGGCGUGGACGAUAUCAGCAACGGCGAACUGAACAACGCAACCCCGGACACCAUCAUGCAAUGCCUUGGUGCCCUAGGGUCUCGAUACAUGGACGACUCCAAAGCCUCGAUCCUGGCGUACAAAGUACGAGAAUCACUGAGGCUACGUUCCUGGUCGAACCUCACGAAUGACCUCAUGCGUGACAUGAACUACAUCAUGAAAGGCAUUCCGGCCCACGGAAUUCGUGAUCUCCCGUUUCUCACCCCUCCUGUCUUCUUUUACGACACUGUAUCCGUCCUGGGCAACGAAAAGAUGAAAUUCUACGACGAGCAGCUCCGAGCGUAUGCAGAGAGGGUGCUCACGACAUGGCGGCCACUUAACAGCAUGGCGGACAAUCAGCUCGCCAUGUUCAACCGCCUCUUGUGUGCCACCAACGCCUCCCUUAUCAACGAGCUUAGUGCAGAGCGAGUUGGAAACGCGUUAACCUUCCUUGGGGUCACUUUGGAAGGGUGCAGUAGAGAGAAUGUGUUGGCGCCUCUUGCUGUAAAAGCUCUCAUUUACUACCCACGCCCGAUUUCCAAGGCCCGGGUAAUGUAG